CCACGCCCCUGUGAACAGACACGGAGCUGGGCAACUCGAGACGAAUGUCCUUUCUGACCACCAUUUCUCGACACUUUUUACCUUAACCGACUACAGCCACUCUUUUUUCUUUUGAAAAAUCCAUCAAUCUUCUUCAGCACAGUCGUUUACUUUAGUUGCCAUUGGCAUUUUACGCCUUUGAGAUUCCGAAUCAAAGGGCGGAAAUGAUAUAACCACCACCUCCAUCCCCCAUCACCACUCGACGACAACAAACGAUCCCCUCCAACCGUGACCGCAACCAUGGCGCCGAACGGCGGCACCGGCAGCGGCACCGGCCCGCUGGCCCUCCUCCGAAACAUCUACACCCUCGACACCCUCGACACCCGCUUCACCACCCCCUCGGGCGUCCCCUACCGCCCCCUCGAAGCCCGUUCCCCCGAUAAACGACGGGACUCAACCUCCCCCAAACCCCCCACCAAUGGAGCCUCACCCCCCAAGUGGAAAACCCCCGAAUUCUACCUCUACUACCUCGUCUUCCUCCUCGCCGUCCCCUCCAUGUUCUACGUCGCCUACUCCGUCUCCCGCCCCUCAGACCCCCGCUACCCCAAGUUCGAGCGUUUUCUGUCAGAAGGCUGGAUCCCAGGCCGCAAAAUCGACAAUUCAGACGCUCAAUACAGAACAUUCAGGCGGAACCUCCCUGCCAUGGCUGCAUUGUUACUUUUCCACCCUUUACUCAGGAGAGUGUACAACAUGGUCACCACAAGGGGUGACGUAAAAGAAAACAGUGCCGAAGGGGUGGAAAUGCGGUUUCGUCAGCGUACAUCGUUUGAUUUUGUGUUUGCGCUGGUUUUUUUGGUGAUUUUGCAUGGUUUCUCGGCGAUCAAGGUGUUGGUGAUACUGGCGGGGAAUUAUGCGAUUGCGAAGGGGUUGCCGCGGAGGUAUGUGCCGGUUGGGACGUGGGUUUUUAAUAUAUGUACCUUGUUUGCAAAUGAAGUUUGUUCAGGGUAUAGGUUUGGGUAUGUUGCCCGACUGGUGACGGGCACGUUGGGGAUUGACAGGAAGAAUAUGGUUGUUGACCUGCCGGCGGUGGUGAGGUUGGGGGAGUGGAUGGAUGGGUUUGGGGGGUUGAUGGGGAGGUGGGAGAUUUUGUUUAAUAUCACGGUUUUGAGGCUGGUUAGUUUUAGUUUGGAUUAUUACUGGAGUUUGGAUGGUAGGAUUACGGCGGGGGGGGUGGUUGAGAAGAAGAACCUCGACCUGUCCAACCUCUCUGAGCGAGACCGGAUUGCCCUGCCGGCUCAAAAGGGUGAUUACAGCUUCAGAAACUAUGUCGGGUAUGCGGUUUAUGCGCCGCUGUAUCUGACGGGUCCGAUUAUUACGUUCAACGAUUACAUCUCGCAGUCGCGGUACCGAUCAGCGACGAUUUCUUCGGCACGAACGUGGAAGUAUGCGGUUCGGUUUCUGCUGGUGCUGCUCUGCAUGGAGCUGGUGCUUCACUACGACUAUGUCGGCGCGAUAAGCAAGUCACGCCCUGAAUGGUCGACUUACACGCCCGCUCAGAUCUCUCUGUUGUCAUACUUCAACCUGCACAUCGUCUGGCUUAAGCUCCUCCUUCCCUGGAGAUUCUUUCGACUCUGGUCGUUGGUUGAUGGGAUUGAUCCACCGGAGAACAUGCUGAGGUGCAUGUCGAAUAAUUAUUCGGCCUUGUCGUUUUGGCGGGGGUGGCAUAGGAGUUAUUAUCGGUGGCUGCUGCGGUAUAUUUAUAUUCCGCUGGGGGGGUCAAGCUUCAGGUCUUUGGGGCAGGGGGUGAGAACGGUGGUGACGUAUUUGGUUGUUUUUACGUUUGUGGCGCUGUGGCAUGACAUCAAGCUGAAUUUGCUGAUUUGGGGGUGGUUGGUGGUGUUGUUUUUUAUACCGGAGAUUGUGGCGGGACUGCUGGUGAGGAAGGAAGAUUUUAAAGGAAGGGAGAGGACUUAUAGGUGGCUUUGUGGGUUGGGGGGGGUGGGCAAUGUGCUGAUGAUGAUUUCGGCGAAUUUGGUGGGGUUUGCGGUUGGGUUGGAUGGGCUCAAGGCGAUUAUCAGUGGGGUUUUUAGGGAUUAUUCUGGACUGGUGUUUUUGGUCACGGCGUGUACGGCGCUGUUUGUGGGGAUACAGGUCAUGUUUGAGAUUAGGCAGGGGGAGCUGAGACGGGGGAUCAACUUGAAGUGUUGAUUGAGGACGCGUCACAAGGGGGUGGGUCGUUCAAAAGUAUAGCGUUGUUGUAAUUCCCGGAUGAGGUUUUGGUUUGUGUAUACAAAGCUGGUCUUGAAUUGGAGGCUGUAAGAUAUUGACAUAUUUGACUUGGACAGGUGCCAGUUUGAAUGCUCACCGAGCGUGGGAAACUACGACCUUGUGAUAUCGUACAA